UAAAUUGUGGAGGUGCUUGUUUGUAAAUAUUGGGAAUAAAAAUUUUAUUAAAUAUUAAGAUAAUUAAACGACUUUAGGUCUAAAUUAAAAACCACAGACAUUAUCGUUUUUGAAAAAUGGAGAAAUAAAAUAGGUAAAAAUUUAUAUUCACUAGGCACUUUCUACCACUGAAAUUUGUCAGUUGUGCCAAAGGAGUUGAGGAUUUACUUAAUCUUAAUAUAAUCCAAAGAUUCCAAGAUGUUCUUUCUACUUUUUAAAAUAAAGUUAUUUAUCUGAAAAAAAUUGGCAAUAAAUUCCAUUUUUCUGUAACAUGGAUGUAAAACAAGAAUCAAAUGAUAUAUUUGAUGAAAAUUACAAACAUGAACAAAACAAACAACUCUCUCUUGGUGGAAAAGAUGAUAAUCACAUGAUUAAUUUCACCAAAUAUGAGCUAGUUUCAAUAAAACAAGAAGACUUGGACAUUGAUAGGGAUCAAAAGGAAGAUAAACAGCUAUCAAGCACAAACCCAGGCAAUGCAAUGAUUCAUCAAAAAGCUGAAACAGUAGAGCAAUUUUGUCCAAAUGAAAUUGACAAUAAUCUAAAAAGUUUUGUUGGAAUUAAACAAGAGAAGGAUGUUGAUCAAGGUACUAACCAUUCACAGCGGCCACUUAAAUUGGACAUCAAUCAAAAUGGCAAAUUGACCAGAAAAAAUUGGUUACAAAAAGAAACUUUCCAACUAAACCAUAUGAAGAACUGGGUCCUCCUCGGUGGUAUAUCAAUUUGUAGGCUCUGUGGAAAUUUAUUCGCUAAGAAAUUUCAACUCAUUUAUCAUGUUGCACGACAUUUUGUCAAGAAAAGACGUUUUCAUACAACUAAUAACAGUAUAAAAUCAAUUGAAACAAUGAAUCAUCAUAUUAAACGUGAAUUAUUUGAUUGUAAAUCACUGGAUAUAUCAAAACAUAUAAAAGACAAACUGUAUAAUGUAGGUGAUAAAAAAUUAUUUGAAUGCGACAUUUGUUUAAAAAUGUUCAAAUGUAAAAGUAAGUUAGUUAGACACACACGUAUUCACACUGGAGAAAAACCAUUUACUUGUAAAAUUUGUUCCAAAUCGUUCACAUGCAAACGAAAUUUAAUUCACCAUAUGCUUCGUCACACAGGAGAAAAACCAUUCAAAUGUGAAAUUUGUUUAAAAUUAUUCACAGUUCGAAGUGGUUUGGUUGAACAUAUGAGUUGUCAUACCGAGGAAAAGCCAUUCAAAUGUGAUAUUUGCACAAAGUUUUUCGCUAGAAGAAGAGAUUUAGUAAGGCACACAAAGAGAAUUCAUAUUAAAGAAAAACCUUUCAAAUGUGAAAUUUGUUCUAAAUUAUUCUCAGUAUCAAAUGAUUUAGUUAAACAUAACAGAACUCAUACAAGGGAAGAACCAUUCAAAUGUGAAAUUUGUUUCAAAUUGUUCACACUCAAAAGUAAUUUAUCCAGACACAAGCGCAGUCACACAGGAGAAAAACCACAUAAAUGUGAAAUUUGUUCCAAAUUGUUCACAUGGAAAGGAAGUUUAGUUUAUCACAUGCGCUGUCACACCGGAGAAAAACCACAUAAAUGUGAAAUUUGUUCCAAAUUGUUCACAGUCCAAAGCAGCUUAGUUAAACAUAUGCGUUGUCACACUGGUGAAAAACCAUUUAAAUGUGAAACUUGUUUGAAAUGUUUCACGGUCAAAAGUAGUUUAAUUAGACAUAUCCGCAAUCACACUGGUGAAAAGCCUUAUCACUGUGAAGUUUGUUACAAAAAUUUCUCAAUUAAAAGUAGUUUGGUGCGUCACAUGUUUGUACAUACAGGAGAAAAACCAUUCAAGUGUGAAAUAUGCUCUAAAUCGUUCAACAUUAAAAGUAACUUACUUAAACACAUUCGCACACAUAGUUUGAAAUGUGAGAAAUUUGUUUUCUCGGCAAAAGAUAGAGAACGUUUAGGGCGACUUCGAAAGACCACAACCGCUGAAGAUAAACGUAUCAGUAAAAGUGAUCAACGACUCGCAGGCCCAGCUCAGAUCGAUGAAUCUAGGGAUCUACCUUUGAGUACUUCAAUAGUGGAAAGGCGAUUGGGAGAUAGUUUGAGGUUUUUGGGACUAAAAGAAGAGAGUUUGUGCGCAGGAUUUUUCGCCAGUGUGAUACCGCAUAUGUUUAUUCAAACUACUUCUCUGAGUGAAAUAUUUCGAACAAAUGUCGCAUUUGAAGGGUUUCUCGCCGGUAUGACCGCGCUUGUGUCCAUUCAAAGAGCCCCGUUCGCCGAAAGAUUUCGAACAGAUAUCACAUUCGUACGGUCGUUCGCCGGUAUGGCAACGCGUGUGUCGCACCAAAUGACUCCUACAGGCGAAAAUCUUCGGGCACGUGUCGCAUUUGAAUGGUUUUUCGCCGGUAUGGAUGCGCGUGUGGACAUUCAAAGUGCCUCGCUGGGUGAAAUGUUUCAUACAAAUUUUACAUUGGAAUCGUUUGUUGUCUCUGUGACCGUUCAGGUGUUGGAUCAAAUGGCUUUUAAUUUAUAUAAAAAAAUUAUAAUGGAAGUAAAGAAAGAGCCAGAAUAUACUUUUGUCAAAGUGCCUAUUGAGGAUAAUCUUUCUUUUAAUAGAAUUAUUGAAGAAACGAAUGAUCCUAACAUAUGUAAUGUUAUAAAAAACGAAUUUCCAGUGCCUGUAAAAUAUGAGAAUAAUGUAGAAUUAUUAGAACAAAUAUGUGAAAAUAUUAAAAGUGAAAUCGAAGAGAAUGAUGUAGAUCUAAAAUGCGAUAUGGUUUUAAAAAAUAAUAUACAAACAUCAAAAAUUGGAAUUGUAACGAAAAGGCAACUUAUGAAUCAUUCGGUUUUACCUGGAGGUAUUUCUGUCUGUAAAAUAUGCGGAAAUUUGUACAUUAAAAAAUUUGUUCUUUGUAAUCAUUUUGUGAAAAAUACUCGUUUUAAUAAUCACUCGAGGGAUUACAGACAAAAACAAAAUAUACAAUCUCACCGUAACAAACUAUAUAAAUGUAAAACUUGUUUCAAAUUGUUUAGAAAGAGAAAUUAUUUAAUCGAACACCUGCGGAUUCAUACAGGGGAGAAAACUUUUAAAUGCGAAACUUGUUUUGAAUUAUUUACCGUUAAAGAACAUUUAGUUGAACAUAUAUCGAUCCAUAACAGCGAAAAACCAUUCAAAUGUGAUAUUUGUGUAAAAUCCUUCAAGCUUAAAAAUAGUUUAGUUCGACACGUGCGUAUUCACACCGGAGAAAAACCGUUCGAAUGUGAAAUUUGUUCGAAAUCGUUCACAAGGUCGAGUUAUUUGGUCAUUCACAAACGUACCCACACCGGAGAACAACAACUGAAAUGCGAAGUUUGUUCAAAAAUGUUCAAUUAUAGGAGCGAUUUAAUUCGACACGUGCGUGUACACACGGGCGAAAAACCCUUCAAAUGCGAUAUCUGUUCGAAAUCUUUUUCUAAACGUGACAAUUUAAUGGAACACGUGCGCCGCCACACGGGCGAAAAACCGUACGAAUGUGACACGUGUUUCAAAUCGUUCGCAAUCAAAUACGAUUUAAUCAGACACGCGCGUAUUCACACGGAAGAAAAACCCUUCAAAUGCGAUAUUUGUUCGAAAUUAUUUACAAGAUCGAGUUAUUUAAUGAUUCACAAACGCAGUCACACCGGCGAACAACAAUUGAAGUGCGACGUUUGUUCAAAAAUGUUCAAUUAUAGGAGCGAUUUAAUCAGACACGUGCGGCGUCACACGGGCGAAAAACCGCACGAAUGUGACACGUGCUUCAAAUCGUUCGCAAUCAAAUACGAUUUAAUCAGACACGCGCGUAUUCACACGGAAGAAAAACCCUUCAAAUGCGAUAUUUGUUCGAAAUUAUUUACAAGAUCGAGUUAUUUGACAAUUCAUAAACGUAGUCACACCGGUGAACAACGAUUUAAAUGCGACGUUUGUUCAAAAAUGUUCAAUUAUAGGAGCGAUUUAAUAAGACACGUGCGUGUACACACGGGCGAAAAACCGUUCAAGUGUGAUAAUUGUUCGAAAUCUUUUACUAAACGUGAUAAUUUGAUGGUACACGUGCGUCUUCACACGGGCGAAAAACCGUACGAAUGUGAAACGUGUCUGGAAUCGUUCGCAAUCAAAGACGGUUUAAUCAGACACGCGCGUGUACACACAGGUGAAAAACCGUUCAAAUGCGAUAAUUGUUCGAAAACUUUCACAAGAUCGAGUUAUUUGACGAAUCACAAACGUAGUCACGUCGGCGGACAACGAUUCAAAUGCGACACUUGUUUGAACGCGUUCAAUUUUAGAAGUGAUUUAGAUAGACACGCGCGUAUUCACACCGGAGAAAAACAAUUCAAAUGCGAUAUUUGUUCGAAAUUAUUUACAAGAUCGAGUUAUUUGAUCAUUCACCAACGUACCCACACCGGCGAACAACAAUUGAAAUGCGACGUUUGUUCAAAAAUGUUCAAUUAUAGGAGCGAUUUAAUUCGACACGAGCGUAUUCACACCGGAGAAAAACCGUUCGAAUGUGAUAUUUGUUCGAAAUGUUUCGCGAACCGCGGUAAUUUAAUCAGACACGUGCGUCGUCACGCCGACGAAAAACCGUACGAAUGUGAAACGUGCUUAAAAUCGUUCGCAAUACGAGACGGUUUAAUUCAACACGUGCGUAUUCAUACGAGUUGAACGUUAUGUCAUUCGAUGCGCCUCUUAGACGUACCAUGAGUGCGACAAGUCUAGACAUGCUCGACACAAACGAUCACGAUCGAGUAACACCGCUGGGGACGAGAAUCAUCCGAAGAUGAUCCACGUGCGGUGAUUACUCCAGAAAAUUGUAGCACAGACCAAAAAAAGCGGCGUCGAGUAGAAUGUGAGCGAUUUUUAGAGCUUUGCCGCGAAGAUCGAGCAAGUUUCUAUGAUCCGUAAUCCAAAAGAGAUUCCAUGGAACGGUAUCGCAAAAACGAACGAAACGAAUGUCUCGAAAGGCACUAAAAAUGCGAUGGCUACAAUGUUUUUGGAGUUCGAGGACAUCCUUUUGAUUUACUUUAAGAAAUCAAUGCUCCUGUGUACACUCAUACGCUUUC